AGCUCACUGCUCACAACACAUCACUAUUCAUUUUAUUUUGGACUUCGAACUCGUUAGAUUUUAUUUUGUUUUUGCUAAAAGUAAUUGAAAUUCUCUAAUAUUUAAAUAUGUCUCGCGUUUUGGUCGGAGUUAAGAGAGUUAUCGACUAUGCUGUCAAGGUCCGUGUGAAGCCUGACAAGUCUGGCGUGGUGACAGAUGGAGUGAAGCACUCCAUGAACCCGUUCGAUGAGAUCGCGGUGGAGGAGGCAGUCCGCAUGAAGGAGAAGAAGCUAGCCAGUGAGGUUAUUGCCGUCUCCUGCGGACCCACACAAGCCCAGGAAACCUUAAGGACAGCCUUGGCUAUGGGCGCUGACCGCGCCAUCCAUGUGGAGGUGGCCGGUGCUCAGUACGAGACUCUGCAGCCCCUGCAUGUGGCCAAGAUUCUCGCCAAACUGACCCAGGAUGAGAAGGCUGACAUUGUCAUAGUUGGAAAACAGGCUAUUGAUGAUGAUUCAAAUCAGACUGCCCAAAUGACGGCUGCCCUUUUGGAUUGGCCCCAGGGCACAUUCGCUUCAAAGGUGGAGAAAACCGACGCGGGCCUGACGGUGACGCGCGAAAUUGACGGUGGCUUGGAGGUGAUCAAGACGAAGCUGCCGGCCGUCAUCAGUGCGGACCUGCGACUCAACGAGCCCAGAUACGCCACGCUGCCUAAUAUCAUGAAAGCCAAAAAGAAGCCCCUCAAGAAAGUAACGCCCAAGGACUUGGGUGUCGACAUCGCGCCCAGGAUCAAGGUGGUGUCUGUGGAGGACCCGCCCGUCAGACAGGCCGGCUCCGUGCUGCCCGACGUGGACACCCUCGUCGCCAAGCUCAAGGAGGGCGGACACAUCUAACCAGUACUAACGUUGCACCUCAAUCGUACCAAAUAAGAAUAUACCUAAUUCGGCGCGAAGCAAAUAGUACAUUGCGAUGUUGCAUCGGUCUCACGUACUGAAUGAUAUUAAGAGACGCAAGUACGGUAUUACGUUAUAAUGUUCAAUGCGCUCGCGUGGGUAGCUGUUACUGCAUCACAAUGAACAUGGGAGAAAACGCCUGAAGUGCGAUUUUGCGGUGUCGUGGAUUGAGGUUGAAAAUGUUGUAUGCAUGUUGUAUAGUGUUAAUUCGGUUUAUAUAUUUUGUAAUGCAAUGUCAAUCAUGGAAUUUAGUGUAAAUUGUUAAAUAAAUAUUUUCCCAUGUU